AAAAACAACAACAAUAAAACUGCGAACAACAACAAAGCCAACAGCAAUAAAGCCAACAACAACAACAACAAAGCCAGCAACAAAAGCAACAACAAAAAGAAGAGCUCAAAAUGUACCAAGGCAUGUCUAUCCGGUCUUAAAAGCCUCUUUUAUCUCCUCUUGGUUAUUGUUUUCUGCACACAUGGCUUGCUUCCAGUUUUCUUCUGGACAUUCCCAGAAAUCAGCAACUUUGUGAUAUUCUCAAACCGACUAAAGUGGACAGUUUUCGCGAAUUUGAGUGACCCUCACUCUUUCGGUUUGGAUUAUACCAGAAAUUUCUUUCUCCAGUCAAAGCGGAAUAUUAAGCUGGGUGCUUGGCAUAUACUUCCUGAUAAUUUAAGGAGCAAGGGCAAAGAUUUUAGUGAUAAUGACUUUGAGAAAAGUCUUCAAAAGUCUGGAGCACCAAUUGUGAUGUAUAUGCACGGAAACUCCGGUUCCAGGGCCUGCAGUCACCGUGUCAAACUGUAUCAUCGUUUAUCACAGAUGAAUUAUCACAUAAUAACUUUUGAUUAUCGCGGAUUUGGUGAAUCUACUGGUAUCCCCUUCGAAGAUGGUGUUGUUGAAGACAGUCUUUUUGUAUACAACUGGAUUAGAUCAAAAGUAUCCCCAGACACACCCAUUAUCUUAUGGGGACAUUCUUUAGGAACUGGAAUUGCUACAAGAUUAGCGAAGAUCUUGUGUGAUGGUGGCAUGCCACCCUCUGCUCUCGUCUUGGAGUCACCGUUUAAUAACAUCCUGGAAGCUUCAGCAAAUUUGCCGCCAUUCUCUUUAUACAGACCAUUCCGGCCACUGAGUUACAUGAUUCUCAGCUCUGUCGAAAGAUGUGGAACAGAAUUUGCCAGUGACCAAAAUAUCAAAGAUGUAACAAGUCCUAUAUUAAUCCUCCAUGCAGAAGAUGAUGGACUUAUACCCAUAAAGCUUGCCAUGAAGCUUUAUAUGGCAGGUAUGGAAUCACGGCCCAAAACCAGUGGACAAUUGCAGUUAGUGCCAUUCGACAAAAGCUUUGGUUAUGGACACAAACACCUGCACAGUGCACCUAAUUUUGCCUCUGUCGUCAAAUCAUUCGUAGAGUCUUCCACGUAAUAAUCGAUGCCAAGAACAACAGAGGUGGUUUGUGUAAACUUGGUGUAAUAAAAUCAUUUGAAAUAUAUUGUUUAAAAAGAAAAAAAUAUAUUAUUUAUAAUGAUAGUAAAAAAAAACAAA